AUUUAACAUGUAGUGUUUGGUUAUUUUUCGCUUAAUGUGGUAGUUUGUUUUCGUUUAAAUGACGUGAAGCUUUUAUAAUUUUUUUUUUCGUGAAUUUUAUUCCAUUCUUGUGCAUACUCAUUUCAUUUUUGGUUGUCGAAUCAUGAUAGGAACGACAAACAAUUUUUAUUCGAGCUCUCAUCCGACGUUUAUCUCAGAUGAUACGAACAUAGAUUUGGAAAACAAUGGUGAAAAUUCAGAUCACAGUUUGAGGCGACAAAACAGUUCCUUUCCAAGUAGUCCGAUAGAAGAUAGAAAAUAUUUUUCGUCGUUUUCUUCCUCAGAAAAUAUGGUCAAUUGUUCCAAAGUUAAAAAUAAUAAAGAACACAAUAACUACGGAUGGCCGUCAUAUAACAUACCAUUAAAUUGUUCUACGUACGAUGAUAAUGAAAAUGUAACGAACGCUCCACUCAACUUAAGUUUAAAUAGUAAUGAUUCUUUAGAACCCGACACUGUGAAGCACGCAACGCCUCAAUUACUGUCUCUGCCAAAUUCUAAAUCAGUAGCCCAAUUUAUUUUAACUUCGGGGCAAAUGGUGCAAGGAAUUCAAGGAGCUCAGCUUUAUGUACCUACUUCCCAAGGUUUAGCCAAACAAAUAGUUUUAACCAUUCCAAUAACUCAUGUGACAACAGAUCAAGUGAUUAAUUUAUCGUUAACUGAUGGUCAGAUAAUUCCAACCACCGUAGGUGAAUUACUAAAAUUAGCAAUGCCUAAGAAUAUGUUUCAAGACGAUGUUACAGGAGAAAAAAUUAUCAACGAACUGAUGAAAUUCUCCGAGCAAACUUCAGUUUACUUGGCCGAGUACAUGAAGAUCGCAUUGGAACACAGUAAAAAAUAUUUCAACGAAAAUAAAGGUAAAAUCGAAGAAAACGACGACGAAAUUAAUUCAGAUUCUAAAAAUGUGAAAGAGGACGAAAAAAGUCCUAUAAAACACGAAGAAGAGAGCGAAUUCAUUUCAAAAUCAGAAGAUAUUAUUCCUAAUGUUGAAAAAUCAACCGGUGAAGUUGAUCCAAAUCCUAUACGAAGUGAUACUAAUACAACUAUGCAACAAAAUCGUCGCAGGACUCCUGUGAAUUGUAAUGCCGAAAAUUUAAGUCAACCCGAAAUAAAUACUACUUUAAAACAUAAAUCAUUAAAACGUCUUCAUGAUUCUCAUAAUUAUAGUGAUAUCCGUUCUCCUAAAGCAUUAAAUAACCAUCGUGUCCAUAACGAAUUUCCUAUGCAUUUAUUCAAUUCAGAAAAAACUGAUAAAAACAUAACUGCCACUGUUGCUAAAGAGGAGCCAACGUCUACAAUUAAUCACGAUGAAAACUGUAGUAAACUAGAUGCAAAUUUAAGAUCAGAACGUAGCUCAUCUACAGAUUCAUACGAUGAGAAUGACUUAGAUGAAAUAAAAGAAUUUGCGAAAUCAUUUAAAUUAAGACGUCUUUCGAUGGGACUGACACAAACUCAAGUAGGACAAGCACUCAACAUUACAGAAGGUCCUGCCUACAGUCAAAGUGCUAUUUGCAGUGCUCUGGCUUCUCACGUGUAUGCAGCUCAAAUCGCGUCACAACAACAUUCAAUAUUCGAGAAACUAGACAUAACUCCAAAAAGCGCUCAAAAAAUUAAACCAGUACUAGAACGUUGGAUGAAAGAAGCCGAGGAAAGGUAUAGAAAUGGGCAAGGCCUUCUAACAGAAUUUAUUGGUAUGGAAUCAUCAAAAAAGAGAAAAAGAAGAACUUCUUUUACACCUCAAGCAUUAGAAAUACUCAAUAAUCAUUUCGAACACAAUACUCAUCCAUCAGGAACUGAAAUAACAGCAUUAGCUCAUCAACUCGGGUACGAUCGAGAAGUUAUCCGGAUUUGGUUUUGCAAUAAAAGACAAGCUUUGAAAAAUACUGUUCGAAUGAUGUCGAAACAUAUUAUGUAAAAUUUUCAUAAAUUUUCCUACUUCCUAAAAAAAAAUACUUCACAAAAAAAAUGAAAAAAAUAAAAAUUUGCCCAUUUUUAUAAAAAAUGUACAGAAAUUUUUAUUUACAACUCGCGGAUUUUAAUCGAUAAUGAUUCAUUUCUCAAGUCAUUCCUCAUUUAUACGUUCAAAUCGUCUGUCGAGAGUUACCAUUAUAUUUUUUUUAUAUUUACCUCUUCUUUUAAAUAUAAAUGUAAAAUUAACAUUCUCAUUUAUCUAUAGGUAUACCUAAUGUAUUAUAUUAUUUAUUACGAUUAAUGUAAAAUUUAAUUUAAUUCCAUUGAUCUUUUACUAUUUUUUUUCUUUCUAUCCAAUCAAAACUUGAACAUUUUCAAUUUGCACAUAGUUCGUAUUCGUUGCGAUUAAGUAUACCAAAAUUCGAUGUGAUUGUUAAAAUGAGUAGUCUAGGUAUGGUAUAAAGCUUCAUUAUGUAUAAAGAUGGGUAUAUAAUAAUGAGUAAUAUUUCUAUGAAACGUUACUAAAAUUUAUAUAAUUUAUUGAGACUGAAAUCUCAAUUAAAAAUUUAUAUUUUUUGAUUUAAGUUUCACGUUUACGUUGUCAAAUUCGUGAUUUACCUUUAGUAAUAAAAAUCCUCCUCUUUUCUCUUUGUGUAUGUGUAAAUAUAUCAAUAAAAAUAUUUUGUUGAAAUUUGAAAAUAAAUAUGAAGAAAUAAUAUACCUUACAAAGUGUAAAGAAAAGAAUUUUUAUGUACUCUAUGGAUAUUGGAUAUUCAAACCCGCCAAGUGGAAAAUGGACUUUGGAAAAGUAACGUAGGAACCCUUUUUGGUGGAGGUAAACUAGUGGAGAAGUGAAAAAAAAUUGAAGUUGAAACAUUUCCUAGGGGAAUAAAAUUUUCUGAAAUUUCAA